AGGAAGAAACCCUAACUCCUCUCUCUCUCUCUCUCUCUCUCUCUCUCUCAUGCCAUUUAAGCGACAUGUAGAGAUCGGGCGAGUCGCUCUUGUAAACUACGGGAAAGACUACGGAAAGCUAGUCGUAAUCGUCGACCUUAUUGAUAAGAACAGGGCUCUUGUAGACGCCCCUGACAUAGUGCAAGGUCAAAUGAAUUUCAAUAGGCUUUCGCUGACAGAUAUCAAGAUUGACAUUCCAAUAAUACCCAAGAAGAAGUCACUUAUUGCUACCAUGGAAGCUGCAGAUGUGAAGAACAAGUGGGAGAAAAGCUCGUGGGGCCGAAAGCUGAUUGUGCAAAAGAGAAGAGCUUCCCUCAAUGACUUUGAUAGGUUCAAGGUCAUGUUGACAAAGAUCAAGAGGGGAGGUGCAGUCAGGCAAGAGCUCGCCCAGUUGAGCAAGCAAGCUGUUGCUGCUUAAGAUUCUAUUUUUGUUUAGAACCCUCUCAUUUUUGUUAUAGAUUUUGGCACAGUGGUUAGUGAUUUGGGGUGCUGUUAUUUUCAAUCUACUUUUCACUUUAGUUUUACUGAGUAAGAUUGGUAGUUAAGGGUCCCUUCUUAUUGUGAGUUCUGUUACAGAUUAGUUUCAUUUAGAGUUGCAUUUGAGGAAGAAUGCACUGAAGCUUUA